AUGGCGCCUCCCGGCAGAACGGGGAAUCGUCCCCAAACUACUCCCGCACCUGAGGCGGACACUUACGCCGGUUACGACCCCCACGGCAUGCUGUGGACAACCAUCCAGACCUCGGACAGCAGACCGGAGCUGCCCCAAACCUUCAAGAGCACCGCGCUUGCUGCCGCGGUGGCAAGACGAGAGCGGGCGAGCGGCGCAGCAAUUGCAGCUGCUGACGCGGCAGCUCAAACCGGUUCCACAACACUCCCGUCGCCUGCGACGCGCUCCGCGGGCCCGCAGCAGGGGAAGAAGAAACCCACGUGGCAACCUCUACCUCUGCCGAAGCCGAAAACGACGGAUUUCGUCGUCGUCCUGAAACCGCGGACUCGAUUGUCCCUCACCACCGUUUUCCCCGAGAACGGAGCCGGCAGCGCGCUCAUCGCCCACCUUGGAGCAAACGCCAACCGGCUGGUCACAGUAGUGAUGGCGCGGGACCAAAACCUCAUCCUGGCCUACACCGCAGACCCGCUUAUUGCGGACAAACUGAUUGGCGAACUCACAGUUCUCUCCUCUGUCGGACCGGUGCCCCUUUUCGGGUACCUACGCGCGGAUACUCAGGACUCUUGCUACGGAGUGGUGACAGUGCGUAGUACCGACUCAGAAGCCGAACUUCAACAACGUCUCUACUGGGCGGAGGGCGAGAUCCUCCACAUCCGGCGAUUAGGCACCACCAACAAGGUGAGGCUCACCUUUUCCGGCAAGAUCAAGCCCAGGUACGUCACUUACGACGCCCUGCUAAUCCUGGUACAUCCGUACAAAAAAACCAUACCAGCAUGUAGCCAGUGUGGAUCUGUUGGGCACCGCCCCGACGCCUGCCCUGGCCCUAAGCCGGACCUCUGCGGCACCUGUGGCAACACGGUGCCACUUAUGGAUGGCGCUCGCGCACCUCACGAGUGCACACCAAAAUGCGCUAUUUGUGCCGGACCCCACGUCACCGGGGACCGGAGCUGUAAGGAGCGCUACAGGGCGCCACCACCCAAAUCGCCCACUCCUCCACUGGAGAGCCAACCCGGCCCCACGAAAGGCAAACGCCAGCGACCACGGAAGCCGAGGCCGCCCGACACCCGGGCUUCACAGCAGGUGACUCCAUCUCCUGCCACCAAAUCUCCUCCACCCCCGCAUCCUGGAGCGGGGACCCCCGGGCCUUCCAAGCGAGGCCUCACUCCGCCGGGACCUCCCACCGAGAGGUCUCCAUCGAGGCAGCGCCCACCUGCCUCCUCCACAUCGCACCUGCCGCCACCCGGACUCCAGCCUGCUGCCCAAGGGGAACUGACAUGGGCUGCUCGCAUCCGACAAGGACCUCAGGUGAGCGGCACGGGUACGGCAGCCUCCCCACCCCGUCCCUCCCCGAACCCACCCAAACCACCCACACCUCCCACUCCCUCGCGGGAACAAAUCGAAAUUCAGCAACUUAAGGCCAAAGUGGCCUCGCUAACACAGGCAAUGGAGGCGCUCGUGAACCGCUCGCCCCCACUUCCUACCUCGACACCUUCCGGGCCAGCACCGGAAGCAAUGGACAGUGCCCCCUCUGAACAAAGGGACUGCACGGCACUCCUAGCUCCGAUUGAAGCGCGUCUCAGCAACCUGGAGGGCCAAAUGGCCUCCAUAGUAACCACUAUCGAGGAUAGACUCGCUGCUGCUAUUCAAACUGUAUUCGACCGCAUCCCGGCCAUGAUAGUCGCCCAGCUGCCCCAAAUCGUUUCCAGCACCCGUCGACCCACCACCAAGCUUAAACGGGUGAAUAAAUCGCAGAUGCAACGGCCACUACCUCAUAUGGCCGAGGCUGAUCGGCAGCCUGUCAGUUUGACUGCAACCCCGGAUAAUAGCCCCAGAACGAGCAGCGGAGCGCCUAUGGACCUCUCUGCUCUACUGGAAGCCACCCAAAAUUCUAAUCCCCAAGAUGGCGGGACACGGCCCUAA